AUGAGGGGCGCUGCGGGCUCUCGGGACAGCGACAGGCGGCUGUGUAGGGCAGCGCGCCGCCCUGGGCGCCCGCCGGGAGGGUCCGUGGCACAGGCGCAGGAGGAGCGGGAGACAGAGGCCGCCGGGCUCCUGAGUUCCACCCGGAAGAGUGCCAGAGAAGAGAGCGCCCAGCCGGGUCGCCAUGAGCUCGUCUUCAGUCUGCGCACCUGUUUCUGGUUUGUAAAUAAGCUCCGGCGCAUCCUCUUCUCAGGUUCCGGUCAGUGGGGUUUCGUGGGAAAGCAAAGGGAAGUCGUGAUCCCUUUGGGGCGUCGACUCGUCUCUCCUGCUCGAUUGUCACUGCGCGAUGCUAGAAACCUAGGCGAACGUGCCUUUGCCUUCCUAACAGCGGCAGAUGCUGUGAUCUGUCAGUGCACACGUGCUAACGGGAGUGUCCCACGUUACAGAGACGCAAAAGAGCCUCCUCAGGGGUUUCUCUCAAGCUUUGCCCCCACCGUGAAAGGCCUGGAGCUGCAGGAAGAAGAGACUUACCUUUGCGCCUUCACUCUGGCUAUGUUUUACAGUCAGCGGCAAACCCCUCACCCGGUGUCGUCGCGUGUAUAUUUGUGGAAGGGGAAUGACUCCACAGAGCACACUUCCUCCCUUUUGAAGUGUUUUGGGGUGUUUUCUCUUGUUCCCUUCGGGCUUUUCCGGAUAUUACAGUGA